CAGCUGAUUGAUAUGACAAAAUGGUUGGCUGGCCUCGGUGGGGUGUUGGAAAAGUUUGUCAUCAAAAACCUUGACUGGAAAAAUGGAUGGCCCAACUACACAAAUAAUGGCCACAGAAAAUCAUGACGCCGUUAGAGACAUCAAAUGUGAGCUUGACAACGAACUGGAGCAAAAAGAAGUUGGGUCGCAAUAUGUCAUCGGAGGCAGCGGUGGAUCUAGUGCCAGAUAUUCAGAAGCUAACGGGGAUACGUCAAAUGACAGUUGUGCCAGAAUAUCUAACAGUGUCCAUGGUAAUAAUCAUGGUAGUGACGGUAUCUCACACAGUCAUCCAGAUAGUUCAAACUCUUUUGGUGAUACGUUAAACACAAGUGGCCUUGACAGUACUACUCUCAAGUUAAAGGAAAUCAUAGAAGACACAAUCAGUUCUAGCUCAAAACAGACUGUGAUGAAAAUUUUGGACCAAGUUAACCAACUUUCUACUGCUGAAAAGCUUUUUCUAUACCUUAAACUACCUACGGGGAAGAAUGAAAAUGUGGACCCAUUAAGACAACCUUUAAAUCCUCUUGGGAGCCGUUUUGAAAUCCAUCAGACAAUAACAUGGAUUAAAACUCAUUUAGAAGAGGAUCAAGAUGUUUCCUUACCAAAGCAAGAUGUCUAUGAUGAGUACAUUGCUUACUGCAACAGUAAUAUGAUGAAACCUCUCUCUACUGCUGAUUUUGGAAAAGUUAUGAAACAAGUAUUUCCUCAUGUACGACCACGACGACUGGGAACAAGAGGCAAUUCACGGUACUGUUAUGCCGGUAUGCGGAAAAGGGUUAAAUUGGAGACACCACUUCUGCCUGAUGUUGGGGAACCAAAGAAGACUCCAGUCCAUUGCUCUGAGGGUGAAGUUAUGUCAGCUGCAUCAUGCUUAAUUCGUGAGUGGGCCGAAAAACUUCUUGGCGUCCGUUUUGAUAAUCUGCGAGAUCUUGCCUGUCACUUGGUGGAAAAGAUGUGUGUCGACUCGCGAUCUGUAGCUGCUUUCACUCUUCUUUCAACAUCUGGUCAUCUGCAAAAGCGUGACAACAAAGAGACAACACCACCACUGGGGCUGGCAGUACAGUACACCAGCAAACACAAAGAAGCUCAGCUGCAGCUACAAAGAAAGCUUCAGGAGCGGGAGGUCAUCCGAGAACAGAAAAGGAAACUACAGGAUCAUCAGCAGACAACAGCUAUCCUGAAGAACCUCUCAUCUGAAAGACUGAAGUCGAAAAGAGCUAAAAUAUCUCAGCACAACAGCAUGAACAAUCUGCAUAGUUCGAAAGGCCUUGUGCACAUUAAGGAUUUAAAUACUACACUUACGAAUACAUAUACUCAGGGAAAGCGUUCACCACCGAUGGCAAUAGAAACACCUAUUUCGUCGGAAGUUGUUCAUUCUGUCUGUGAUAAAACUCUUACUUCCGUGCCUAGCUCACUUGGUAAUUGUACAUCAUCUUCCAUGGUGUUCAAAAGUGACACAACAGAUAACAGUAGGGGUCUCUCCAAUGAAGUCAACUCUACCAGUGCUUUUCUUAGUCUGAAGGAAGACUCCACUAAUGCUGGAAACUGUGUGCCAAGUGAAAAGGUGCAUUUGUUGAGUGUAAUAAGCAGAAAAAGUGAUAUUGAAGGUAUGAGUGAUAGUACUGUUCCAGUUAAGGACACAGUAAUGUAUGAGAGCGAGAAUGCUGCUGCUGUAGCUGGUAAGUCUGACCAGACAAACUAUAAUGUGAACUUUCAAACUAGAGCCAGAAGUGUUGACUUCAGUAUUGCCAACUCUUCAGAUGAUGCAUUGUCUACAGCAGAGGGUAUGGCAGUUAAGCCUGUGAGUGAGUGUGGCUUAGACAUAAAUAUGCAGCUUAACUUAGGAACUCCUCUUGACAGUACUAAUAAACAUAAUGUAAAUAAUCUAAAUAACUUGAGUACAAAUAAAUGUUUAUCUGCCUUCUCUCCUGUCCAGGACUUAACUCCUGGAACGAUUAUUAAUGAUGUCAAAACUAAAACUUCUGAAAUAGUUUGUCAUGAUGCUUCUCAGCAGGAUACAUCCAGUAGCAAAAUGCAAAAGCUUCCAAUUCCUAGGAUAAAUAACAUGAAGGUUAAAAAGGCAACUAAUCUGAUAAUAUUUCCCUCAUCAGUGUCUUCAUAUCGGCAGACAGCAAAAAGGUAUAAACACAUACAACCAAAACCAGAAAUAGGAGGCACUGGCAAAUUGAAAUCGGAAAUUGAAUCUAGUCAAGAAGACAACCAAGAAUUCAUAAAUUCUGGUGUCAGCUUAGGUGUGAUUUCUGGUGAAAGGGCCAAGUUCGACUGCAGUUCAUUGAAAAACUGCCAUUUUACAACAAUAAAAAAUGUCCCAGCUGCCUCAGAAAGCAAUAAAAGUGACACAUCAGAGAAUGUAAAUGUGCGUGAAGUAAGUAUAGAACAUCUAGAGAAAGAUGCAUUCAGAGAAUAUUAUCAUGAUGGAAAUAAUUCACAAGAGCAGGAGGAAGAACUAAUGAAGUAUUUCCAAAACCAAGACAGCUCACCUGCCAAUGAAGAAGCCACAACACAUGCUCCUAUUCGAAGGCAUUCAUCUGCAGAAGUUCAGAGCAAUACGUUAUUUUCUGAAUCAGCUGGAAGUAAAUCGGAUAAACUUUCACAGCUACGGCUGCUCCUAGAGCGUAAUCUAAAUCCUGCAACUUCCUGUAGUAGGUCAAAGUUCUUAAAAUCAGAAGAUCAAGUGCAGAUAUCUGAUAGUGUGUCAGAUUCCUCUGUAAUGCAGCCAUCAUGCCUGUCAGCAGAUAGUAUAGCAAGCAGCAGGAACACUUGUGAUGAAGAAUUUUUUAUGAGGAAAUCUGCAUUCCCUUUUGGAGGCAGUUCUUCAGCAUCAGAAAGUCUUGUACUUUUAUCACAACGAAGCCAACAGUUAAAUAGUCCUAAGAAGCCUUCUGCCCUUUUGCCUUCUCUUCUGAAUAACUGUGUGUCUGGUCUCAGUGCUAGAAGGAGAGUCAGUUUUGAAACACCAGCAGUGGAAGACAGUCAUGAAAGCACGCGCCAUAUUGCUGUACCUCCUAGUCCCAAUACAAGGCGACGUAUUUUUAGUUUCACACCAAUAUCUCCUGGUCCCCAUUCCCCAAACAACACACAACAGAAGUCAUCAAAGCCAUCCAGUGCAAAUGCUAGCCCAUUUGUGUCCCCACGAAACACCCCUAUUCCACGUUCAAGGCAAAACAUUAGCCAUGUAAGUGCACAGUUGUGUUUGAACAGUAAUAUUCUGAACAUGUCAAAUCAAAAUAAUCUCUAUGCAUCAUCAUCUAGUCAUCCUAAGCAAUCAGCAAACGCUGCAAGAAUAGUGCGUUCGAAUUCUGUUAAUAGCAGUUCUCCUUCAACCCAAGUUCAUUACCCUGCUCCAAGACCACGAGCCCUUUCCACAACUACUUCUUUCCUUCAUGCAACUGUUCAGUGUGAUGCACCUGCAACAGGAGAUAAGCACAGUGAAACCAAUAGCCAUUUCAAUGCUGGCAGCAGUGCUGGGACCAGUGAAAAUGAAAGGAUAACUCUGAAUUAUCUUGAACUGAAUAACUUCUGUGAUACACAAAUGAAGACUUGUAAUGACCCUGCUGCAUUAUUUGCUAUGCCAGGGGAAGCAUUGCAGAAAGAGGCACAUUCAAAUGUUGUACUUCCUUUGUCUCCUGUUUCAGUUUCUGCUCCCCAUUCACCGAUGUUGAACAUUCCAGCUGCAAAACGUGUAGAAUGUGGUGUCAGGAACACAGUAAGCACCAUAGAUAUUGGUACAAAUUCUGUGAGGAAAAAUAAAGAUAUUCUAGACUUUGAACCCAGUAACACUCUAAAAUGUGAGAAGACACGGAGUGUAAGACCUAGUAGGAGGUCUGAUGUUAGAUCUUUGAGCACUAUUAGUGGUGAAGGGCCUUCUGGAACACCUCUGUUGACAAAUGGCAAUGUGGUUGAUCCACUGGCACAUGAAGUCAGUCAGUUCUUUUCAGAUGAGCAGCAUUUUGUUCGGAUGCUAGGAAAUUCACAAGUUCAGUCCAGGUCACAGUCUGUACCUCUGCAUUGCCCAAAUUCUGACAAUACUGCCAUUUCUUCAAUAUCAGCACAGCCUUCACCAUUGUAUCUAGGACAGCACAAUACAUUCUCCUUUAGUAAUUUUGGAUCAUCAGCUACAAGUUCCGUCACUCCCACACCUGUCCCAAGUGAGUUUACUGAUUUUGCUGUUACAGAAAGUUCAGCACAGUCUUCAAGCCUUUUAAUAGUUGAUGAUGAGCACAAUUCUGAUACCGUUACAGGAGAUUUGAACAGUGAAAAUUUGAACCGCAUCUUUAAUAUGUUGGAUGAUGCUCAAAAUGAUCAUGAAAAUAGACAUUCAGCAAUGGGAAUAUCCAUCAGUAAUGAAAUAAGUGAAUGUGAUCUAGAAUCAGCUUGUCAGAGAGCUCUGCAAAAACCAUCACGUUCUUACCCCAAUACACCUGUACCUUACAAAACUGCAGGAAUAAGGGACCCUGUUGUGACAUCUUUCAGUACCACUGCCAGUGCUUUUGAAUCGCACUCAAACUUAACUUCGAGGUCAUACCCGUCAACUCCACUGAUAGGUAUGCCAGUCUUUGGUACUUCAGAUGAUGCACGUCUCCAAAAUGUAAACAGUGGUGAAGAUUCUGUCAAUCAGUUUACAUUAAGCUUGUGUCAAGAACAAAGCACAGCAACUUGUUUUGCAGAAAGAAGGAAUAUGAGUCCUUUGUUAGACCAGAGCACAUUUACUGUAGGAAAUGAUUUGGAGUUGGAUACCCUGGAGGUUUUAGCAGACUGUGACUCAAUUACACAACUUGUUCAGGACGUAAGCAAUGUUAAUGCAUCGUCAUCAUCAUCAUGUGAUAUAUAAGGACAAUUUUGUUAAAUAAUUAAUGUGUUGCACAACUUAGUUUCUUUUUGUUGUGUGGCUUCAGC